UGCGUUGGUGUGGGGCGCGUCGGCAAAACACAAUCCACAACGGGUCGGUAAGGAGCAUGUGUUAGUCGAUGAGGAUGUGGUCCAAAUUCUCAAAAGAAUACAGUUCGGUAUCCAAUGGCAUAAUAAAGCCCCGUUGGAUACUGACAUGCAGAAGGUACCAAUGAAGCACAAUGGUGCCCUAAGCCUUGUCGGUAUCCUCAAUUG